AUGUCAGCAGUUGUUGAAGCUCCUCGCAGCGAUGCUGCCGAGAAUCGAGCUCCUGCCGAUGACGCCGAGCACCAAGCUCCUGCCGAUGCUACCGAAAAUGAAGCUCCCGACGAAAAUGCUCAAAACGUGGCAGAUCGUCAAGUUGUGCUUUUAGCAGAUGAGGGCAUCGAGAAUGAUGACGGGGACUUGAGGAGUCUUGCAUCUUCUAGUCAGAGCUUGAACAGUUCGAUUUUUGACCAUCGCUUCGAGAACGGGAGGACUUAUCAUAAGUACAAAGACGGAAAGUACAAGCUCCCAAACGACGAGACUGAGAAUGAUCGCCUGGAUUUGCAGCAUCAUUUAUUCAGACUGACCUUCAAUGGAAGGCUGGCGAACUGUCCACUGCUAGAACAAGACGUCGAUAUCGGUAGAGUACUAGAUCUCGGCUGCGGCACUGGUAUAUGGUGCUUGGAAGUUGGGGACGAACACCCGGAGGCAGACAUUCUUGGUGUUGAUCUAUCCCCAACCAUGCCCGAGUUUGUCGCCCCGAACGUGAAGUUCGAGAUUGAUGAUAUCGAAGAGUCUUGGACGUAUACCAAGCCUUUUGACUACAUUCACAGUCGAAUGAUGAACUCUAACAUCUGCGACUGGGACGCCUACGUCAAGCAGGCCUAUGAGUAA